AUGCAAAAGAUACUACAAGCGGAUGAAAUUACAAAAAUACAAGUCCUUGGAAAAGGCAAGAGGAAGAGGAUAGAAAUGAUGUUCUCAGAGAGCGAAGACAGUGACCUGGAUAAAGAACAGAAAGAAACAUAUUCAGGAAGCCACUUUCUGUACAGUGAAAGCAGCAGUGAUGAUGAAGAGCCGUUAUUUCAACUAUCCAAGGUAGAACUGUGUGCCAAAAUAAAAAGUCUCAAGAGGAAGCUGACAGACACCAUGAGAGAAAACUGUCGCUUAAGGCAGUCCCUGGUGAUGCUUCAAGUGUUGCCACAGGCAGUCACCCAUUUUGAGGAACUGGUAGGGAUGGCUGAAGCGCUGCUGAAAGGGGGAGUGACAUCAUCUACGGCCAGUCUGCAUUCGCAUGCCGUUUGGAAAGCAGCUAACAACUCGUUAGCAGAUUCAUAUGCAGCUGUGCACAGUAACUCCACCUCACCAAUAACACUGAAUGUGGAAGAUGAGGAGCAACAGGCUGAAAAACAGUUCAAGAUCGAAAAGUGGCAGAUUGCACUUUGUAACAAGAGCAAACCUCAAAAGUUUAUAAAUGACUUGAUGCAAGCACUUUAUACACACGAAUACAUGGCUACACACAGCCUGACAGGUGCAAAGUCCUCCUCUUCAAAGGAUAAAGCGGCAAAACCAGCCAUGAAUCAGAAUGAAGUUCAGGAAAUCAUAGGAAUCACAAAACAGUUGUUUCCAAACACAGAUGAUGCUUUAAUUAGGCGAAUGAUGGGACAAAAACUGAACAAUUGCACCAAGAAGCCAAUUUUAAGCAAAGAUCUUAACUCAGGUGCUUUUCAGAAGCAUAGCUUUUGUGGUUCAGAAAUCUCUUCAGCUGUUCCUCCCAGUACGGGGGACCAGCAGGAUGAUGAUUCACCAGCUGCUAAUGCACAGAUUCAGCAGAGUGACAGCCGUCUGUCUCCUCCACCUCCCACCCCGCAAGCUCAGCAGGAGUGUUUCAAGCCCACUUCUUCGAAGGUGGAGUCUCAGCUCACCAGAAGCUCACCAGCGCCCUCUCCCAACCAGGGUUGCGGACAGGAUCUCAGGAAUUCACACAAGGAUUAA